AAGGAGCUGAUGGGCGGGGCUUACGUCAAACAGUUCUCCGUCAUGGGGGGGCGGGCCUUCCCAGGGGAUUUAAUUCGGGCCAAUAAUUUUUUUUAUUGAGCACCUACUGUGAAUCAGACGCUGAAUGCACUGUGCUUUGGAGAAACAGAUGAAUGAAAUCAGGGACAAGUCAUUCAGUGUGCAUCUAGUGUGGCCCUUGUGCUGGUUCCCCGCCGGUGGGUCGUCUGUUCCUAAUCUGUCCAUUUCUGGAGACCCUGAGCAAUGUGAGGGGCUGUCGGGAUUAUGCUCUUCCAGAGUCUCUCCGGAGUGCAGAUCCCUUGGCUGUAGGGCCAUGUUCCCCCUUCCUCUAAAGCCUUCCCCGACCAUAUAAGGAGAGCCAGCUGCUAGGGGCGUCCCAAGGAUCUAAAGAUAGUAGUCCCUGGCUCAGAGUCCAAGCGCCACUGGGUAGCGGAGAGCCGCCAUGGCAAGGCAGCAUGCCCGGACGCUGUGGUACGACAGGCCCAAGUACGUGUUCAUGGAGUUUUGUGUUGAGGACAGCACCGAUGUCCAUGUGCUCAUCGAAGACCACCGUAUUGUGUUCAGGCUCCAUUGUCUCCUCAGCUGCAAGAAUGCCGAUGGAGUGGAGUUGUACAAUGAGAUUGAAUUCUAUGCUAAGGUGAACUCCAAGGACUCCCAGGAUAAGCGCUCUGGUCGCUCCGUUACUUGCUUUGUGAGGAAAUGGAAGGAAAAGGUGGCCUGGCCCCGACUCACCAAAGAGGAUAUCAAGCCAGUGUGGUUGUCUGUGGACUUUGAUAACUGGAGGGACUGGGAAGGGGAUGAAGAGGUGGAGCUGGCUCAGGUGGAGCAUUAUGCAGAGCUUUUGAAGAAGGUCAGCACCAAGAGACCUCCCCCUGGCAUGGAUGACCUGGAUGAUGAUUCUGACAGUGCUGAUGCAACAAGCACCUGAGUACGGCUGCAUCAGAUAGCAGGAUAGGAGAGGAGUAGGCUGUUGGGGCUUCUGACUUUCUGCCAAUUACCUGUCAUCUUUGUGUUUAGACCAGUCCUCAGUUCUCUGUUGAGUAUUCGAGCAUGUGUAUUUACUUGGUAGAGCAAAAGCCGAAGAAGCAGCAGAUAGAUGGUAAUAAAUCUGUGAGAACUGUU